AUGGCCUCUCUGAAGAGGUUUCAGUCGCUCGUUCCGCUGAAUCACAAGGAAGGCACCUUAUUUGAAGUUAUCGGACAGCGCAAGCUGCCCAAGUGGUUCCAUAUCGGGUACCUGGUAGAUCCAAAGAAAAGGGACGUGGAACCUCGGCUAGUGGAAAUCAUGUUUGGUAAGGACGGAGAGCACAUCCCGCAUAUUGAAUGGACGUUGCGUACCCUGAUUCAUGUGAACGUGUGGGGCCCUGAAAGGCGAGCUGAGAUUUGGAUGUUCGGACCGCCGCCUUUACAAAGGGAGGUUGAUCGGAUGCUCUUUAACCUGGCUCAACAUUGCCGCUCGAAAUUGAUGCUAAAGGAGGCUCUGCAAGAAGGAGCUGAGCGGAUGGCAGCCCGUAAGGCUGCCGCCCAGCCGGCUCCAGUGAAGGUCCGCGAGGCUGCCACCCAGCCGACUCCCGUGAAGGUCCGCGAGGCUGCCACCCAGCCGGCUCCCGUGAAGGUCAGCAAGGCUGCCACCCAGACGGCUCCCGUGAAGGUCCGCGAGGCUGCCACCCAGACGGCUCCAGUGAACGUCCACGAGGCUGAGGCUGCCACUGAGCUGGCUCCCGUGAAAGUCGACGAGGCUGAAGCUCCCACCCAGGCGGCUCCCGUGAAAAUCCACGGGGCUGAGGCUGCCACUGAGCCGGCUUCCGUGCAGGUCAGCGAGGCUGAGGCUGCCGCCCAGCCGGCUUCGGUUCAGGUCAGCGAGGCUGCCAGCGAGCCGGCUCCCGAAGUCCACGAGGCUGAGGCUCCCACCCAGCCGGCUCCUGUGCAAGUCAGGGAGGCUGAGGCUCCCACCCAGGCGGCUCCUGUGCAGGUCAGCAAGGCUGAGGCUCCCACCCAGCCGGCUCCCGUGAAAGUCAGGGAGGCUGAGGCUCCCACCCAGGCGGCUCCCGUGCAGGUCAGCAAGGCUGAGGCUCCCACCCAGCCAGCUCCAGUGAAAGUCAGGGAGGCUGCCACGGAACCGGCUUCUGUGCAGGUGAGCGAGGCUGCCAUCGAGCCUGCUCUUGUGAAAGUCGACGAGGCUGAGGCUCCCACCCAGUCGGCUCCCGAAGUCCACGAGGCUGAGGCUGCCACCGAGCCGGCUCCCGAGAAAGUCCACGGGGCUGAGGCUGCCACUGAGCCGGCUCCCCAGAAAGUCCACGGGGCUGAGGCUGCCAUCGACCCCACUCCCGUGAAAGUCAGUGAGGCUGAGGCUCCCACCCAGCCGGCUCCUGUGAAGGUCAGUGAGGCUGAAGCUCCCACCCACCCGGCUCCCGAAGUCCACGGGGCUGAGGCUGCCACUCAGCUGGCUUCGGUGCAGGUCAGCGAGGCUGCCAGUGAGCCGGUCAGCGAGGCUGAGUCUCCCACCCAGGCGGCUCCCGAAGUCCACGAGGCUGAGGCUGCCACCGAGCUGGCUCCCAAGAAAGUCCACGAGGCUGAGGCUGCCAUCGACCCCGCUCCCGUGAAAGUCGGUGAGGCUGAAGCUCCCACCCAGCCGGCUCCUGUGAAAGUCAGUGAGGCUGCCACCGACCCCGUUCCCGUGAAGGUCAGCGAGGCUGAUCCUGCCACUGAGCCGGCUCCCCUGAAAGUCCACGAGGCUGAAGCUCCCACUCAGCCGGCUCCCGAAGUCCACAAGGCUGAGGCUCCCACCCAGCCGGCUCCCGUGCAGGUCAGCAAGGCUCAGGCUCCCACCCAGCCGGCUCCGGUGAAGGUCAGCGAGACUGAGGCUGCCACUGAGCCAGCUCCCCUGAAGGUCAGCGAGGCUGCUACAGAGCCGGCUCCCGUGAAAGUCCACGGGGCUGAGGCUGCCACCGACCCCGCUCCGGUGAAAGUCAGCGAGGCUGAGGCUCCCACCCCGCCGGCUCCCGAAGUCCACGAGGCUGAGGCUGCCACCGAGCCGGCUUCGGUGCAGGUCAGCGAGGCUGCCACUGAGCGGGCUCCCUUGAAAGUCCACGAGGCUGAGGCUACCACGCAGCCGGCUCCCGAAGUCCACGGGGCUGAGGCUCCCACCCAGCCGGCUCCCGUGAAGGUCAGCGAGACUGCCAUCGACCCCGCUCCCGUGAAAGUCAGUGAGGCUGAAGCUCCCACCCAGCCGGCUCCCUUGAAAGUCCACGAGGCUGAGGCUGCCACUGAGCCGUCUCUCAUGAAAGUCCACGAGGCUGAGGCUACCACCGACCCCGCUCCGGUGAAAGUCAGCGAGCCUGAGGCUGCCAUUCAGCCGCCUCCCGCGAAGGUCUGCGAGGCUGCCACCGAGCCGGUUCCCGGGAAAUUCGAUGAGACUGAGGCUCCCACCCAGCCAGCUCCGGUGAAAGUCAGCCAGGCUGAGGCUCCCACCCAGCCGGCUGCCACCGAGCCGGUUUCCGUGAAGGUCAGCGAGGCUGCCGAAGUCCAUAGGGCUGAGGCUGCCAGGGAGCCGGCCCCUGCGAAGAAGAUCAGCGAGGCUGCUACAGAGCCGGCUCCAGUGAAAGUCCACGGGGCUGAAGCUCCCACCCAGCCGGCUCCGGUGAAGGUCAGCGAGGCUGCUACAGAGCCGGCUCCCGAGAAAUUCAGCGAGGCUGAGGCUCCCACUCAGCCGGCUCCCGAAGUCCACGAGGCUGAGGCUGCCACUCAGCGGGCUCCCGCGAAGGUCAGCGAGGCUGCCACCGAGCCGGUUCCCGGGAAAUUCGACGAGACUGAGGCUCCCACCCAGCCGGCUGCCACCGAGCCGGUUCCCGUGAAGGUCAGCGAGGCUGCCAUCCAGCCGGCUCCCGUGAAAGUCCACGAGGCUGAAGCUCCCACUCAGCCGGCUCCCGAAGUCCACAAGGCUGAGGCUCACACCCAGCUGGCCCCCGUCAAAGUCCACAAGGCUGAGGCUGCCACCGAGCCGGUUCCCGUGAAAGUCAGCCAGGCUGAGGCUCCCACCCAGCCGGUUCCCGUGAAGGUCAGCGAGGCUGCCAUCCAGCCGGCUCCCGAAGUCCAUAGGGCUGAGGCUGCCAGGGAGCCGGCCCCUGCGAAGGUCAGCGAGGCUGCCACUGAGCCGGCUCCCGAGAAAGUCCACGGGGCUGAGGCUGCCAUCGAGCCGGCUCUCCUGAAAGUCCACGAGGCUGAGGUUGCCAUCGACCCCACUCCCAAAGUCGGUGAGGCUGAGGCUCCCACCCAGCCGGUUCCUGAGAAAGUCUGCGAGGCUGAUCCUGCCACUGAGCCGGCUCCCCUGAAAGUCCACAAGGCUGAGGCUCCCACCCAGCCGGCUCCCGAAGUCCACGAGGCUGAGGCUGCCACUCAGCUGGCUUCGGUGCAGGUCAGCGAGGCUGCCACUGAGCCGGCUCCCGAGAAAGUCCACGGGGCUGAGGCUGCCAUCGAGCCGGCUCUCCUGAAAGUCCACGAGGCUGAGGCUGCCAUCGACCCCGCCGCUCCCGUGAAAGUCAGUGAGGCUGAAGCUCCCACCCACCCGGCUCCCGAAGUCCACAGGGCUGAGGCUGCCACCGACCCUGCUCCCGUGAAUGUCAGCGAGGCUGAGGCUGCCACCCAGCCGGCUCCCGAGAAAGUCUGCGAGGCUGAAGCUCCCACUCAGCCGGCUCCCGAAGUCCACAAGGCUGAGGCUCCCACCCAGUCGGCUCCCGUGAAGGUCAGCGAGGCUGCUACAGAGCCGGCUCCCCUGAAAGUGAGGGAGGCUGCCAUCGAGCGGGCUCUCGUGAAAGUCCACCAGGCUGAGGCUGCCACCGACCCCGCUCCGGUGAAAGUCAGCGAGCCUGAGGCUGCCACUCAGCUGGCUCCUGCGAUGGUCAGCGAGGCUGCCACUGAGCCGGUUCCCGGGAAAUUCGACGAGACUGAGGCUCCCACCCAGCCAGCUCCGGUGAAAGUCAGCGAGGCUGCCACCGAGCCGGCUCCCGUGAAAGUCCAUGGGGCUGAAGCUCCCACCCAGCCGGCUCCCGAAGUCCACAGGGCUGAGGCUGCCAGCGAGCCGGCUCCUGUGAAGGUCAGCGAGGCUGCAACAGAGCCAGCUCCCGUGAAAUUCAGCGAGGCUGAGGCUCCCACUCAGCCGGCUCCCGAAGUCCACGAGGCUGAGGCUGCCACCGAGCCGGUUCCCGUGCAAGUCCACGGGGCUGAGGCUGCCACCGAGCCUGCUCCGGUGCAGGUCAGCGAGGCUGCCAUCGAGCUGGCUCCCGUGAAGGUCAGCGAGGCUACUACAGAGCCGGUUCCCGUGAAAGUCGACGAGACUGAGGCUCCCACCCAGCCGGCUCCCGAAGUCCACGAGGCUGAGGCUGCCACCGAGACGGCUUCGGUGCAGGUCAGCGAGGCUGCCACGCAGCCGACCCCGGUGGAGGUCACUGAUGCUACCCAGUUGGCUCACUUGAAGGCUGGUGAAGCCUUCACCCAGCACACUUCAGGGGAGGCCCAGCAGGUUGUCAAUGGGCAAUCUCCCAUUGAAGCCUGUGAGGCUGCCAGCAAGCAGCAUUCUGUAGAUGUGUCUAUGGCCUUGUCCCAGGAGUGUCCUGAGGAUUUUGAGUGGGAUACCCAGUGUUCUAUGGAUGGCAGCUAUGUCAUAAUUCAUCCAAGGGAUGUCUGGGAAUCAUUUUUCAUAAUAUAA